AUGGUAUCAGACGACGCGUUCGAUCCGCGUCACGCUUCCGCCGCCUCUGCUGCCGUCGCGCCGGCCCCCGCCGCCGCGCCGCCUCUCUCCACUCUGGCGAUGGAGUCGCCGUUCCUGGCGUCGCCUCCACUUGCCUGGGCCCGAUCUACUGCGACGGGAUCACAACCUCCUGCGCCACAGCGAUCGCCCGCCAUGCUGCCGCCGCCUCGGUCGCCUGCUGCGCUUCCGAUCGCGGCCACCCAGAUCCAGUCGCGGGGCGCGCCUCCACCACCGGCCUCCUACGGCGCCAAUGGGCAGCCGGCCUACGGUGGUCCUCCAGCCCCGGCCCCGUACCACGAUGCGCCGCUGGCCUCGGGGCCCUAUGGCGCUCCCAUCCAGGCGCCGUAUGGCGGCCCGUACCCGGCGCCCUACCUCGCGCCGUCGGCUGCGUCGUAUGCGCCGUAUGCUGCUCCCGCCCCGACGUCCUACGCCGUUGCCCAGAUGUACGCCGCUCCUCCUGCGCUCCCGUAUGGUGCGCACUCCCCGGCGGCUUAUGGCCAUCAUCAACAACCAUCGGCCGAUGCACUAAUCCCAUAUAGUGAUGUCCUGCCGCCUGGUCCGCCGCCUGAUCUGCCUCUCUCCGCGCCGAUGGCCGAACCAGGGCCUUUUCACUUCGCCCAUCUAGUGACGGUGAAGCUUUCUGCUGAUAACUAUCUCCUGUGGCGCGCUCAAGUGUUGCCGCUAAUGCGUAGCCACUACCUUGAAGGAUAUGUUGAUGGCUCCCUGCCGUGCCCUCCGGCUAUGGUUCCGGUACCCUCGUCCCAUGGUGGCUCUGUCAUGGUCCCCAACCCUGCUCAUCGUCGGUGGACUGCUCAAGAUCAAGCCAUCCUGGGUGCUAUUCAGUCGUCGCUCACUCCAUCCGUGGCUGGCAUGGUCGUCUUUGCCGCGACGUCGAGGGAUGCCUCUUCGUGA